AGACCAGUAGAGGAAUAGAACUCGCGUUAUCGUCUGGAGGAAAGUAACCAUGACUACAGCUGCUCUCCAGAUAGGAGACCAGCUGAUCCUGGAAGAGGAUUACGAUGAGAACUAUAUCCCCUCUGAACAAGAAAUCCAUGAGUAUGCCAGAGAGAUUGGGAUUGAUCCCGAUCGCGAGCCGGAGCUCCUUUGGUUGGCCAGGGAGGGUAUGGUUGCCCCACUGCCUGCCGAGUGGAAGCCCUGCCAAGACGUGACGGGUGAUAUCUACUAUUUCAACUUCUCGUCCGGGCAGUCCAUAUGGGAGCACCCCUGUGAUGAACACUACCGCCGCCUAGUGGUCCAAGAGAGGGAGAGACACUCCAGGAGUACCCCUGCCGCUGCUGCAGGCAAAAAGGACAAAGAGAAGAAGAAGAAGAAAGACAAGAAAGAAAAGAAAGAAAAGAAGAAAGAGCAGGAUGCCCUCAAAGCUCCUGGGCCACUGAGUUCAGCCUUGGGGCCGUUGCAGGCUCCUUUGGGGUCACUGGCUCCGUUGCGUGGCUUUGCUGCAGAUGCACCAAUCCCAGCGCUGCGUGGCUCCCUUGGCAGCUCAGGAGGCUUGGAUCCCCUGAAGACAUCUUUAGGAGGCCCUGGGUCCAGCAUAGGAUCAAGUCUUUUAGGAGGAAGAAAUGAAGAACGCGUGUCUCUCUCAUUGCCCGGCUUUGAAGAUGAAGAGGAUGACAAGGCUUCGGGCGAUGAGAGCCCUCGGGGGACGACUCGACUGUUACACAACCUGCAUUUAGACCUUGAUGAUCUGGGUAGAGGCCUGCAGUAUGAGGAGAGUGAGGUCAGUGGCACUGCGCCACCUGAGGAGAGAACCGAACCUGAACUGCAGGAUUUGGCUCUGUCAGGAGACCACAGCCCUGAACCGCCCUCUCAGGAUUCCCUGCGUGGGCGGCACCUUCAUUCCUCUCCACCGGGCGGCAGUAGAGAGCUCAGCAGUGGUGAUGUCUGCCCCCCUACUCUAGAUGCCCAGCCUUGCACUGGCAUGGACAAAACAGAGGACGAAUUGAACGGAGAAGGAGAAAGUAUCGCAGAGGAAGAGGAAUAUGAAGAAGAUUUUCCAGAAGAAGACGGAAACGCCAGGGAAACGAGUGAUGGAGAGGAGAAGGAGGACAUUGAUGAAGUGAUAGAGCAAUGUGAGGCAAGUUGUCAGGAAGCGGAAGAGGAAAACGAGAGAGCUAAGUGUAAAUCAGUUGAAAGAGAAAGAGAGGCCAGUUCUAAAGAAGAGGAAAGUGAGGUAGUAGUUGUGGAAUAUGCAAAGUGUAAAGGAGCGAGCGCCAAAGCAGUCUCAGAGAAUGAAGAAAGCAGUGGAGCUAGUGAUCACACACAGGGCGAGGGAAAAUUAUUGAGAAGUGAGGACAAUGCUGAGAAAGGUCUGGAGAAUGAGGAAGAUUGUAAAUCACACAACGAUGAGGUAGAGAGAGAACGUGUGGCAGACGAAGGAGAACAGCCCGGGAAAGACAAGGACGGUGACGAGGUUCUGGAGCAAAGUGUAGAAAUCGCGGAAAGACUGAAGAAGAUUGAAGAAGAAGAAGAAGAAGAGAGUGAAAUUGUAGAGAGAUGUAUUUCAGAAGAGGUAAAAGAACGAAGUGAAGAAGACAGAGAUGAGGAUUUAGAGAGAAGUGUUCAGAGCUCAGGGGAACGAUCAAAAGAGAAGGAAGAUGAGAGUGAAGAAGUCGUGGAGAUGUGCGUGGAAAAUAAAGGGGGUAAAUCGGAAGAUGAGAGCGAAGCGGUUGAGAGAUGCGUGAAAAGUUCUGAAGAUGAAGCUGAAAGUAAGCACGAGGCAGAUGACGGUGGCGUGGUGGAAGGUCGAGUUGAGAUAAGCUCUGACACAGGCACGGUAGACGCUGAAGAACAGGCCGUGAGAAAGCAAACGAAAGACGAGAUCGGGGAUUCAGAGGGAAAAGAAGAGAGCGAUGAUGAGGAGGUUAUAGAACGGUGCGUGAAAAGUUCUGAUGAAAGGGAGGAAGAGAAUGACGACGAGGAGAAUAGACGUGUAAAAAACCCGGUUGAGGAGGACAGAACAGAGGAUGGUGUUAAUGAGGAAAUCAAAUGCGGUACAGCUCAACCCAGAGAAGAGGAUAGUGAUGACGAAGUGGAGGAGAGAUGUGUGAAAAGCACGGAGGAAGAGGAGGAGAAGGAGCAGGAGAAAAACGAAGAAAAGGAAGAUGAAAAGAGUGAUGGAGCAGUGAGCAAUUGUAUUCAACACCAAAAUGUGGAGAAUGAAGAGAUGAAAACAGAGGAAGUCCAAAAGCUUGCACAAUCUACCUUUGAAAAUGCCCAGAACAAGGGUGGCCAGAGGGAUGCCAAAAUGUCGGAGAGUGAUGAAGAAGAGAUCGAAAGAUUUGGGAGCCCCAAACGGACACCGGUGAGCCUCGUCAAAGAUAUCACCCCUCAGACCUUAACUACAAGGAAGGGGCAUUUGGGGAAGGUGCUGGUGCCCCAAAGGGACCGUCUCCCCAGCGAGGCUGGUUUCCGCUCCAGGUUGUCAGAGAACAUUCUUGACCUUAAGGACCUUACCACGGCUGAACAUUCCCCCUUGCUGGGCCACAGACACAUUGACAUCGUUAGAGCUCCAAUACGCCUUCGGGCUGCAGGGAAGGAGGAUCCUACCUCAGUUGGGGAGAGAGCUCAGACCCAGCAUGGACUGUAUUGUGAGACUUCCUCGUCAAUCUCAUCUUCCUCACUCUCUAAGCCUGGUGGAGGCCUGCCGCUGGAGGUGGGAGGAAGCAGCCUGGCCUACCUGGGCCCCAGACCUGAGACCUCUAGAGGAAGACUGAAGGAGAGAGAGGAAGAAGCUAAGAAAAGAGAAGAAGAGCGAGAGAGGCAGAAGAAGAGGAGAGAAGAAGAAAGAGAGAGGGAAGAGGAGGAGAUUGAAAAACAGAUUGAGAAGGAGAGGAAUCAAGCUCUUCAAGAGAGACAGAGGAGACUGCGUCUCCUCAGAGAGGAGCUAAAGAGAGAGGAGCAGGAGGAGGAGCGGAGGAUGAGAGAGGAGAAGGAGGAGAAGAUCAGGGAGUUGAAGCAGCGCCUGCAGAGAGAGAGGAGAGAAGAGGAGGACAGGCUGACUGAGGAGACCCAUAGGAGACUGCAGGAGCUGAGGGAGAGAGCACUGAGAGAGAGGGAGAGCCAGCAACGUGCUAUCAGAGAAGAGGGAGAGGUCAGGUUGAGAGCACUGCGCUCUGAGUUGGAGGCGGAGCGUGCUGCAGAGCGUGAGCGAAUGGAGGCUCAGUGGAGGCGGGAGCUGGAGAGACUGAGGGCAGAAUCAGAGGAGGAGCUUAGGGCAGAGAGGAGACGGCUUCAGGAGAGGAAGGAGGAGCAACUAUCUUCAUUGAAGCAGGAGGUUAGAGGACUUGAAAGACAGAGGGACUUGAGAAGUCCUCGUUCAGAACAACAGCUAAUGGAGUACCAGAGAGAGUUGACUGACCUUCUACAGGAGGUGAGGGAGGAUGUGCAGCGGGAGCACAGGAGGAAACUGGAGCAGCUUAAAGAAGACCACCGUCAAGAAUUACACACACUCCGAGAGAAACACCUGGAGGAGGAGAGCAGACAGAGAGAACAGUUGCUGAGAUCCUUACAGGAGGAGAGAGACAGACUCUUAGCUUCUCACUCUGCUCAGCUGGAGCAGCUCCGUUCUCAACUCGACAUCCAGCUACAGAGCAUCCGCAACACACACUCACAGAAGGAGGUGGAGCUACAGGAGAAGGCGGAGCAGAUACAGAUGAAAGCUAAAGAACUGAAAACUCAGGAAACUCUGUUACAAACUCAGGCAGCAGAACUGAGGAAGAGGAGAGAGCAGCUGAUGGAUGAGGAAGAUGAAGUACAGAGAGGAAUGGAGGCUCUUCCUCGUGUUCUGAGAGAGAGAGAUGGACUGCGUGCAGAGCUGGAAAGGAUGAGAGAAGAAAGAGACAGACUGAAGGAGGAGGUGGAGAGACUGAGAGAGGAGAACGGGAGGAUAAGGAAGGAGAGAGAAAAGCUGGAAAGCAAAAUUACGUCGCUGCAGGAGCGAUAUGAUAAACUGAGUCUUCAGAUGAGUGAGCUGGAGAGUGCUGGUCCCUCCUCCAGACCAGACGGAGAGCAGAAAAAGGAGACUGAGAAGGAGGGAGAGGAAGAGAGGAGGAGAAAGGAGAGAGCCCUGCAGGUGGAGGACCUGGAACGCCCUCUGUCUGCCUCCCCUCUACCUCUAUCACGAGACAGCCCCAGCAGCAUGGAGGAUAUUAGGCAGUAUAUCUGUGCUGAGGGAUUGUCCCUGCAGAGAGCCAGACGGUUUCUGGAGAGUCAGGCCGGCAGGUUGACAGAGAGACGGGCAGCUCUCAGGGCAGCCCAGUCCAGCCUUCAGGACCCCAGCUUACAGACCAGUACACAACAGCUGUUCAGCAACCUUCAGCAGGAGGCCAGUACGUUAGAGCAGCUGCAGGAGACGGUGCAGAGAGGGAAUUCUUUACUGAGGAGAAAAGAGGAGAGACUCCAUCAGCUGGAGAACUCAGUGGCUGAAGAGCUGUCAUUUGAAGAGAGAGACAGGCUGGCCACAGACAGGAAGGUCACGUUUGACGUCUCGGAGUCCGAUAUGAGCAGUGUGGAUGGAAAUGACGGAACAAGCUCUGUGCCCACAGUUCCAGUAAAGGUGCAACAGUUGGCCGAGUCUCUUCAGCAAAUCUCUGGCCAGUUAAACACUGUACUGGGAGCUCUGGGAUCUCUGACGCAGACACAAUCUCCACUUCUACCCUCCACACUGCCCCCGAACCAAACCCCCUCCUCACAGCUCCUCUCUGCCCCGCCCCUCCGUACCUUCUCCCACGCAUCCUCCACUCCGCUUAUCCCUCCGCCCACCUGGGCGUGGUCAGCGAACCACACCUCCACCACUCCCAGCCUCAAUGGCCUGAGUUCCCACACCUCCAUCACCAGCGGUCUCACCACUGCGCCACGAGGAGGGACGGAUGAGCUUCUCACCUCCCGCUGGGCCAAACUCUUCCCCGGGGACGGGCUGUUCCUUUCGGCUCUUCCCCCGACCCUCUUUAAGCUCUUAGUCUAUGGAGCAAUGCUCAUGCUAAGCUCUCUGCGUUUCAGGAGUUUCCAUGGAUACUGGGGCACCCCUGUCCACAAGAGCCUACUCUACUUAUUCAGGAUAUACUCCUCCAAGUCGGUGGAGGUGGACAGUCAGCGGCUUCAGGGUCUGAUAGAGGGAAAUAAAAGAUGGUUGGAGACAAGGAGGAAAGACCCCAGCAUACCUCUGUUCCCACGGUAUCGGACCCCCCCGUCCCUUGGUGGUUUAGUCCAGCUCAGUCUGGAUGAGAAUAAUCAGAUUAAGGUGUACCACUACUGA